AUGGCGCCUGAUGAUCUUGCUUCCGCCGGCAGGAUUAGAAAGGCUCGCUCAUUUGUCGAAUUCGCUGCUACGCUUCAGUCUAAGCUUUCGGAAUCCCUUGAUAAGGAAAACAUCGACCUUCUUCUCGCCGAUACUGGCCACCAUGUUCAGCUGAUUCACAAUGCAGCGCCGUCGGGAUCCGCAGGUCCCUUGCCGCCGAAAUUAGCCAAGGAUGUUGAACGACAUGGUCGAGAUUUGUGGAAUCUCUGUGUGAGAUUAAAGAGAGAACGAAAUAGAUCCGCUCCUAUGGAUAAAGCCAGGUUGCUCCUUAAAGCAAGGUCGCUUGCCUUUUCUAUGCUGGAGCUUGGUCGAAGUGCGGGCCGAGCCAAGGAGGAUACGGGGGCAGAGGUUGCGUACUUGAUGAGUCUGUCAUUGACGCUCGGCAAGCAUUGCGUAGAAGACUCCGACUUGGAGUCGGCUAGAUUGGCACUUCAAAAAACUGCAGAACUGAUGGAAAGGAUCAAAGCAGCCCCGCUUGACGCUUCGGACCCUCGUGAGCAGAGUGAGCGGACGAAACUUGACGCAGAAUACUUGGCGAUGAGAACAGCUCUGUCAUGGAAAGAAGAUAGGCUUGACGUUGCGGAGCAUAUGUUUGGCAAGAUAGAUGCCAUUCGACCAACGCUGGACCCAAGGUCUGCUGAGAUAAUAGCUGAUACUUUACAACAUAUUGGUUUUGAUCUUGCCUCGAAAGGAGAUUACAGUAUGGCGGUCAAGUGGCUGAAACGCGCCUACGAUAUUAUCAACCAUCAGGCACUGGAUCAGCUCUCAAGUAAGGGGCUGGAAUUGCGAUUAGCCAUAUGCCAAGGCCUUGUCCGGGGACUCCUUGAUAUUGGCUCCCCAGAGUGUGUUCAGGAGGCCAACAGUUUGAUCGAAUAUAUCGAGUCUGAGAUUGGAGAGAAGCCCCUUGUGUUGCACUGGCGCCUUGAACUUUUGCAGAAAGCUCCUGGGGAAAUUUUCGAUAUCGACGCCUAUUCUAGUAUUCUGCAUCGGAUGGUUCGAUCAUUCGACUAUUCCGACGCUUCUUUUUACUUUCUUUUGCAUCACAUCAAAUCUCUGAGAGAAAAGAACCAUCGGUUGGCCCGCGGGCUAUUGGAUGAACUUUUGCUACAACACAUCAUAUCUUCAAAAAACAGGGAAUGGAUUGGAAAAACCGUUGUCAGGAGGGUCUGGAUGAACACUGUUGAUGAAACAAAUUCUAUUGAAGCUUUGGCAGAUCUUAAAAAACUCUUAGACAAAGUGAGUGAUGCUCUUUCUGAGCCUUUGGGGUGUGAUAUUGCUGGCGCAGCGCAUUCAGUCAUGUGGAGUAAAAUAGACUCGAUACUUUUUGACGAGAACUAUGAAGCUGCAGAGGCAUGGUGCUUAAUUGCUCUGCACGGAAUAUUCAUGAGCAGUGGCGAAGCCAAUCUUGGCAAAUUCAGCAGAAAACGUGUCAUUUGUGCUCUGAGAGGUAACGAUACCGAAAAGGCGCGACAGAUUUUACAUUCAAUGUCAGAGAACUCCAAAAACCACAUCCUAACUAGAUACUUGGCGUUCAAAGUAUCACUCAUUGACUGGGACCAUGAGCUUGGUUCUGAGAGCAUCAGGCAUCUCAGUAGACUUUCAGACAGUUCACAAGGUCGCGACAUGCUGUACGCCUGUAUUAGAGAAGCACAACAAGCAGGUGACAAACUGUGUACUCUGACAGCCCUACAGGCCAUCAUCGAGAGUUGGACGACUGACCAAGAAACUCCAAGCAAUCUAACGUCAAUACUGCGCUGCUCGAUUCGUCUCAUCCAUUUGAUUGAAGAAAAGGGUAACGAGGAUGAGGCAGGUUCUCAUAGCGUUGCAUAUGCCGAAGAUUUGUGCCAUAUAUUUGAGAAAGCUGCCGAACAAGCGAACCAGCAUCCCAAAGAUGACGUGGGAAACAUAGUCUUUACUGCACCCGAGUUACACUGGUUCCGAAAAAAUGCAUACAAUAUGGGUGUUGCAAAAUGCGAUACAUGGGAGCUCUCUCACAUCAUCCGGAUAUUUAAAACAUGUCUGGCCUUUUCGACUUGUUAUCCUAAGGAUCUGCCUUCAUCUGAGGCCACUGAUAUAGCCAUGAUGGCCUUACGCUGCCACUUUGUCAUUGCUGCAGCAUUAGUCUCGCUCGCAAGGAAAGAGGAUAGAGUGGAAGAGCAGUUGCAGUUUUACCUCCAAGUUAGACAUCACAUGGACAAAUUCUAUGCAAUAUUAGAGACUGAUACGGAUGAAAUAAUGGAUGAAAGAACCGCGGCAGAUUUGAACGCAAAACUAUCAACAUUGUUUGUCUUCGACUUUGAGGCCGCCACCGUGCUCAGGGAUUGGGAUGGCUUGAACGAGAUUGUCCGCAAAGCAAAGCCGUGCCGUGACGAGGUGAUGUACAAGGCGAUGGGAGACUGCGUACUGAGAAGCAAAGCUCCGGGGAAAGCAUUGUUUUCGACCAUGCGCCUCAUCAUCAAUGAGAUUUUUGAGCUGGAAGAGUUUGACUACGAGAAACUUGCAAAAUACAUUCGAUGUAUGUUUCAAGCGAUUCUGGGGCUGGACGAUACAGCGGCUCUUCAGCUUGUGGAUCAAGCUAUACAAAUAGCCCGUGAGGGCAAGGAAGCUGGAAAUCAGCUGCCGUCUUCGGAAUUGGAGUGGCUCGUUGCAACGAGUUUCAACCACGCCAUCGACUAUUACGCUCGUGGGGAGGAAGAGCCUUGUCACCGCUGGGCACUCAAAGCCAUGCAUUUGGCCGAGUAUAUCGAUGACGGUGGGUUGUUGCGGGAUACACUGCAGGAGAAAUUUGCAAAGUUGCAAUUUGAUGGAGGGCCAAGGUGA